AUGGCUGAAUUGUCCGAUGAUGAGUUGGAGAAGGCGAAAGACACGGCCGAAGAAUGGUCCAGCAACUUUCCUCCUCCCGAGAUACAAGCACAAGUGGCUCAUAAGAAGGGACUGGUGUAUAUGGAGCACUUUUCGAAGGAGAUGUGGAGGCAAUGCGGGAUGAGAGUGUUUGUGAUGUCGGCAUGGAAGAAUGAACAGGGAGAGGUGCUGUUCGGGAUGCACGAUGAUAACGAGGCAUUAGGAGAUGGGGAAAGUUUCAUGAAGACGAAGGACUGGGAGGACAUCGAGCCAGUUUGGCAGGAGUAUGCGCAGGAACAAUUCGGUGCUGGGGCACGAGAUGGUGGGCGACAGGUGAAUGGAGGUCGAAAGAGAAUCAGGAAGCCUGCUUUCGAACUCGAAAUUGAUGGGGAUGGGAUGCCGGUGCUUCCUGACAUCACCGAGACGAAACUCGAGGAGAAGAAAGCCAUCGUCAGAGCAUUUCUCACAUCGCACUAUCGUAUCUGUUCUGGGAUUGUCAAGGCAGUUGUGCCAUGGAGUGCCAUCGUACAAAGUCAGGAUGACUUUGUGGCAAGAAUGUAUCUUCCGGCGGAUGUGGACUUGAAGGAGCCUUCGAAGUUGCAACAUUGGGACACGACCGCCUUACUAAAUUUCUGGUAUGCUCGGCAGGAGAAAGCACAUAUUGCAGUAACAUAUCUCCGUAUUAUACGAGUGGACGGACGUGCAUAA